CUUCAAGUCCACUGUGUGCGUCAUUGCGCAGCAGCGCAUGCAGCCCACAGUGGUUAGUGGGAAUCCGCUGACAGAGCACAACCAGUCGUACGUGUGCGCGGACCAGCGGUCGCUGCCUCUUGAACAAAAAAAAGAAAGAAAUCUGGAUGGAAGUGUCGAUCACAACCACAGCGAUCUGAGGGAAAACUCUCGACGUCGCGGGCUCUUCCUUUUUCCCAGGAUGCGCCGACAUAUGUGACAUGAUCACGUCGACCGGCGGCUACAGAUAAACUCCACCUAGUGUCUCCACUCCUUCAGCAGCCAUGGGUGUCUCUGCGUCGGGAUGGACCAUGUUCACCGUUCUUCUCAUUAGCAGGUUGCUAGAGAACUCGCUGCUCAACGCGGAAGUGAAGGAAGGAGAGAUUCUGCCUCCUACCAUUCACAAGCUGAUGAAAGGAUACAACAAGUACCUUAGGCCUUUCUUUGACAAUGGUCCUGUAACAGUGGGCAUGAGCUUGGAUAUCGCCAGCAUCGACACUAUCUCGGAGAUCAACAUGGACUACACCGCCACCAUAUUCCUCCGCCAGCGCUGGACGGACGAGCGCUUGGUGUUCGAAGGCAACAAGAGCCUCAGUCUUGACGGGCGUCUCGUGGAGCUCCUCUGGGUCCCCGACACCUUUAUCGUGGACUCCAAAAAGUCCUUCCUCCACGACAUCACCGUGGAGAACAGACUGAUCCGCAUCUUCCCCAACGGGACUGUUCUCUAUGCGCUAAGGAUUACGACCACUGUGGCCUGCAACAUGGAUCUGACCAAGUAUCCCAUGGACAAGCAGACCUGCACGUUACAACUGGAGAGCUGGGGUUACAAUAUUAAUGAUGUCAUGUUCUACUGGACCAGAGGGAAUGAGUCUGUGAGUGGUCUGGACACUCUACAGCUGGCUCAGUACACAGUAGAAGACCACUACACAUCUGUCUCAGAGGCCAUCUAUGAAACUGGCCGUUACCCCAGGUUGGUCUUCCACUUUGAGCUGAAGAGGAGCAUUCUGUACUUCAUCCUGGAGACCUACGUCCCCUCGAGCCUGCUGGUGGUCCUCUCAUGGGUUUCCUUUUGGAUUUCCCUGUCCUCGGUUCCAGCACGUAUUUGUAUAGGAGUGACCACCGUGUUGACCAUGACCACUCUGAUGAUGGGAGCCCGGACAUCGCUACCCAAUGCCAACUGCUUCAUCAAGGCCAUCGAUGUGUACUUGGGAAUCUGCUUCAGCUUCAUCUUUGGCGCGCUCAUUGAGUAUGCCGUGGCCCACUUCUGCACCCUCACACAUUCCGACGCACACAUGCUCAUGUACAGACACCAAAUGCACGAUUUCGACGAUGAAAUGAACGGCAUCAUCACCACCAUCUCCACGCACGCCAGAGCCAAGAGACGCAAGGAGCCCGCUGCAAAUCCUCCCCCGGCUCCUGACUCCACAGAACUCACCGUCAGCCCCUCCAGCCCCUCAGGCAGUGAGCCCAAGCCCGAGGCAUCGCCACCGAAGCCCACCAACUGGUGCCUCACUGCUCUGGUCACCCUCCGCAAAGUGCUCCGCUCCAUAAACUGCUGUCAUGUGGAGAACCCCCACCACAUAGACAACUACUCCAGAGUCACCUUCCCACUGUCUUUCGUCAUGGUUAACCUGCUGUACUGGACAUAUUAUCUGUACUUCUAGCAUUUGCGCCAGUACAGCAUGUGUCCAAGAGAGUGCGAGACAGAAGCGUGUAUGUAGACGAGAAAUGUGCUUUACUGUUUGUGUCAUUAACAGGUGUCUGAGAUUAAUAAGUAUGAUUGCUACAUUUAGAUUCAAGAGCAAAGUAGCUUUCUCCUAUGUGGUUUUUUAUAGGAAAGAUUAAAGCUCAUAAGUACAGCUCCAUUGUUUACAAUAACGUUUUCUUAGAUAAGUUAUUGUUUAUUUAUUUUAAACAUCUAUGGGAAAACCUGAGAUCAACUGGCAAGAUUGCAUAAAUUCUGAUACAGCUCGAUAUGAAAAGAGCAUUGAUCACAAAAACCAAUGCCAGUCUGCAUCUUUCGUGCUGUAGUAAAUAUAUAUUAAGUGUAUCAUUGUGCAGGUUGUAACUAUCUGACACAGAAAGGAUGGAGCCGUAAUUGAAGGCGUUAUGAUGGAAUUUGUUAGCAUUGUUGAGCAUAAAGGCAAAUGCCUGCUCCACUUUGUUUCUCUGCCGUGUGAUUGAUUGGUCAUUAAUAUGUUGCAACUUAAUUUUCCAUUUCUGCUUGCAGGAAUAACAUCUCAAGCGAAAAAGGUAAAAAUAAUGGAUUGCAGAAGAGUCAUGAAAAAGAGAAGGGAGGUAGAAAAUAAAUGAACAAGGUAGAGAGUAUUACAAUCUAUAAACCACUCUCCCCAGGGUGUUAAUAUCUGCUUGCUGUUAAAAUCUCCUUUUCUCCAGUGUCCUUCUAUAAGAUAUUUUUCAUUCCAAGAGCAAUGCUGUUGCCUUUUGCCUGCAUUUAUUCCCCCCCCGCUGAUAUUAUAAAUGUCGUGGCCUUUGAUCCAUUCAGAGGAAUUCUGUUAAUCUGGCCUCCAUUUACAAUAUUAUUGAAGUUGGAAGGAUUUGCAUGGAAGCAAUAGGUGAAUUAAAAAACACAAAAUUAAAUUAUGUAAAAUAAAAGAGGGAUAUCUUAAAAUAAGAGAAGACUUUGCAGUUAUUAAAACAAUGACAAAUUGUUUCAUAAAUAUUGGAUAUUACUUUGUGGUUCCAUUGCAACUAGGCAGGUGCGACAGAUGUGUAUAGUCAGGUCAACAACACCUGCACAGACAGGUACCAUAUCAUAUAUUAUUAUACAGUAUGCUUAAUGCUGUAUUCUUGUCUUUUGUUGGAUACAAGUAUUGUUUCUCACUGUGCUUUUUGUUAACACACAAAGCACUAGGCAGACCUCGAUGUGUUAGACAUUGUAGUGAUUUGAAUUUGAAUGAAAUGGCCAAAAUGUUUCAACAGGAGGUCAUCAUCGCUGCAAUUGCAAAUCCAAUUUUAGGUCUUGUUUUUGUGUCCGUUUCUGUCACAAGUAAUCGUGUUUCUAAGUUAGCAUGCCAAUUACAGUAUUGAGACAUCCAGUCUGCCCUAAAUAAGAGCUACUCAGUGGGCAUAUUAUAACCUAUUGUCCUGUUAACAAAACAAUAGUUGAAGCUAUUGGCAACACACCACGUUCGGUGGAAGACAAAACUUUGAUGUUCAUGUGAUUCAGUAUGUUUGCUACCAGUGAUGAGAACCAAAGAUUCCACUUUAAAUUCAUAAAUCCUCUUGGUUUUUCCUGCAGUUCUUCAACUGCAGUAGGAGUUUUUCGAUCACCUGUUCAAUGUUGAUAUCAUAAUUAUUAUUUAUAGGAGAAUUCUGAAGUAGCAUGCAGUCAACGAGCAGAUGAACAUGACAAGUCAUAUUUCAUAUGCAAAGCAGGAUUCAGUUGAACAACAGAGAUGCAUGUUUAUUUAUUGCUGUAUUCAAUAUUGCUGUGACAUACUUCAUUUGAAUGGAGGCUGAAUUUUACAGUCCAUUUAGCCAUUAUGCAAAUCACAGAGGUUCCAUUUUAAUGAACUACCUUUCGAUGUGUAUUGAACAUGAUGCAAUCUAACUUGGUAUCCAUUUUUCAUUCUAUUGCCUUUCAAAAGGUUUAUGUUCAUGUUUUAGCUGCGUUGCUUUUCAUUUUUAAAUAUGCCAUCAUCUACUGGACUUUUUGACAGCACUCUUUGCCUGCUGAUAGUAGAAAAGUAGGAUUUACUUAAAUUUCUGUUCUUCCUGCAUGAUUUUCAAGUGUAACUUGUUUAUUUCAGCUUUGUUUGAUUUCCUUUUUGGUUUAACAUGAUAGGAAAAAAUCUAAAAUGCUCAGCUGAGGCUAUUGGAAGGAUUAAUGUGUAUUUUGAUUGCUAAUGAUGCCACUUUGAUUCGGGGUCUCAUUUGGGUCCAACAGUGCUAGAUGUUCAAACAUCUGUUCUCAUUUUUAGUCAUUUGAACUUUAUUCUUUGAAAGGAUGAGUGUUCAUUGACAGUUUUCAUUUGCCACCAACUGAGCUGUGCCUGCUCUGUGGAUGUCAGUGAGCACUGGCCUGUUGAAAAUGUUAAUGUGAUAAAACACAGACUGUCAGCUUUUAUACAAUAUUGUACCACGGUUUUAGUUUUGAUAGUUAUCUCCUCAGUGUAGAGUACAAGACAUGAAUGCCAUUACGGAGCCAAAGAACCACAAGAGAGCAACCACCACAGCUUUCUCUCAGUAUGGACACAAUAGAACAUUUUUUUUACUCAGUGAUGGAGUUGAUCCGUGCACAAGGCUCAAAAGUACCCAUUGCCCUAGGGCUCCACAGACACAACUACAUUAUCAGGGCUGAUUUGCUCUGAACUGACAUAAUUUGGGAUGACUAUACAUACCCAAGGAAAGUGUGAAAAGAAAGCUAUAAAACAGAACAAUUUGGGCAACAUUGACAGGACAUAUUUGAAGCAACUUUACAGCCAAUAGGGGAAAAUGUUGGACUACCCAUUCUUUUCCUGUUGUGAGACGUGUAAAGCAAUGCCUCAAGGUGACGUUGGCUACCAACCUCACAGUUCCUUGGACUUCAUCUUUAUGUGAAAUGUAUUUAUAUACUGUAAUACCAUGUUAAUAUAGGUACCGGUUUGCUUAACCAGUUGUAAAUAAAUAGUAACACUAUGCAUGUUUAUCUGGUGUAUGAAUAUGAAUGAUAGCAAUAAAACAGGUUUAACGUG